UAAAUGCUACGAAACGUCAGAUUAUGUCUGUGGAACGCGUUUUUGGUCACGUAUUCACCAGACGACGAAACUACAGCAAGCAUCUGAACCUAAAUCCACUCAAUACAUCUCAACCACAAUCAUGGGAAACACUGCUGACUUUACAGUAGUCCACAAAAUGAUUAUCGACACCCUGCACAAGGAGUGGAAGCCACAGAAGGUCAUUGCUGAAAAGGCAGGCUGUGUGCAGAGUGCUGUAUUGAAGAAUAUUCAUGGAAAGUGGACCGGAAGGGGAAAAGUGUGGUAGGAAAAGCAGCACCAUGGCAGCUAUGGGACCUGAUGACAAAGGUGGAGCAAAAGAAGGUGGGACGGCAGUCUGCCCAUCGGGGCUACAGGGUCGCAUCUCAGCAACAUCGCACAACAGCAGCGGGCCUGACAGACAGAAAAAUAUGGUUUGCACACAGAGCCGUGUCCAGCCUGAAAAAGCCUUCCUGGAGAGAGGACAUCAAAAGAACAAGACCUUAGUUUCACUGACGCAAAGAGAGAUGGAUCAAGGCUGGAGCAACCUGGCUGCCCCCCUCAAAGCUAUGGGACACGCAGUGCACAUCAGCAACCCGGCAGCUACUAGGGAGGCUCCAUACAGUUUCCGCAGUCCUGAUUCAGUAGAGAUGGAUGAGAUCAUGGCCGCCAUGGUUCUGACCAGUCUGUCCUGCAGCCCAGUGGUCCAGAGUCCUCCUCGAACGGAUCCUGGAACAGGUGGCUCAUCGUCCUCAGCUGACAUGGAGUGCGGUGGUGGCGAGCUGUCUGACAGCGGCAGCAGCGGCUAUUGGAGCUGGGACCACGGCAAUGUGAGUCCCGCCCCCUCGCCGUCUGUCACUGAGAUGGACAGCAGCCCUGAUGAAGGCCUGCACAUGGAGCUGGAGCAAGGAGAAGAGCUCAAUGCCAAAAAGCCAAAGAGCUCUUUCAGAGGUGUGUACAGAUGCCUGUGGCCUAGUUGUGGCAAGGUGCUAACGUCUUCAGUCGGAAUUAAGAGACACAUUCGAGUGCUUCAUCUGGGCAGUGGGUCAGAUCAGUCCCAGAGGGAAGAGGACUUCUACUACACCAAGAUUUCCUGUGAGGCUGCAGACACAAGCUCCACUGCAGCUCCCCCUCAGCCAGUUCUCAGCCAGGCCUCGUCUACUCAUCUCAGCUGGGCCUCUUGUGGUUCCCCCUCUGCCUCAGAGAUCCAGAUCUCUCCAGCGUACAGGCCUAGGUCUAACUCUAGUUCUGGGCCUGGUGUGAGCCAACCUAGUCCGCUCAGCCAGUCUGCCCCCAGCAGCUUCUGGCAGAUUCACUCAGAGCAUCUCUAUCAGGCCUGUAGCCCCGUCCAGGUACCUGUGGCCUCCAGAAGUCCUGGUUGCCAGGUGUGGACACCUUCCGCCCCCAUCUCCAGCCACAGUAACACUCCGUUGGUGAAACCUCGCUGCAGGUCAGUCAGUGUUGGGGAACAGUGGCUCCAACAGAACCGGCUGCAGCCUAUGACCGUGUCGCCGUCCCGUAACCACUGUUCCUUCAGGAAAGGUCGUGGAGAGGCCAAAAAGUGCCGGAAGGUGUAUGGAAUAGAGCGCAAGGAUCAGUGGUGCACCGCCUGCCGCUGGAAAAAGGCCUGCCAGCGCUUCCCUGACUAAACAGCUACAUGAUGGAGAGAGAAAGAGAGUGUGAGAGUUAAAGUGGUGGAUGAAUGAAUGAGUGAGAGUUUUAUCACAAAAGGAUGUAAAUCAGGGCCUGAGUGCCAUCAAGAAAAACAACUGUUCUCUUACUACAUGUCUUUUUACCCUUUUUUGACCUCUUUUUGUUUCUUUCCUAAAAAAAAAAAGCAAAUGGAGUUUUCUGUAUCUUUGUAACUUGAUCCUAAAAACGUACGUCGAUGGUGCUAACUGUUGACUGACUUCGACCAUGUGAUGUGCUCAGCCUAUACUACUCCCACACUAUCCAAAGGUCAUACUAUUGCUCCUUCAGCCCUUACUUUAAUUGACUGCUACUUGGCUGUUUUCUUGAUUCCAACCCUCUCUUCCAGUGGUUACACAGUUGUUCUGAUGUACUUGGUAUCGUGUGCUUUGAGUUACGUAUGAGUAUUUUAUACCUUUUUUUAUCAUAUUGUUCCGCCCUUGUAAUGGGCAGAUUAUUUUUUGGGAAAAUUUCAUGUUUUUUGGCACUUUGUUGAAAUAUAAACUCACAUGAAUAAGCUACAUUUGGUUUGCCUCAACCAAGCUCCUAUAUUCUUCCUGCCCAUGUGUUGACAAACAACCAGUGUUAAAGGUUUAAUCCCCAGAGCUAUGGAACCAUGGCAAAGGGACUAGCAUUAGAGGGCAGAGUUUGUAAUAGCAAUAAAAAAGAGGAAAUAUAUUGUCAAACAAAAAUUAAAAGGCACUGACAAUUUGAAA